AUGCCGCCGAGAGGAAGGAAACACUGGUGCAAGCUGUGCAGGAAAAGCUUCACAGCAUACAUGUCGCUCGGGGGCCACAUGAAUCUUCACAGCGGCAAACGCAAGCAAAAGAAGCUGUCAAGGACCGCGCCUAGCCUUGCCAACACCAGAGGUGGUGCCGGCGGGUAUGGCCUCCGGGAGAGGCGACACAGUACCUGGUUGCUGUGUGAUUCCAGGGACGACCAGUACCUGACACCGGUCCCCAAGACAGAAUGCCAAUUGUGCUUCAAGGUCUUCGCUUCCCGCGGUGCGCUGGGGAUGCACAUGAGAGCACACACUCGACGCGAGAGGAAGAUGGUGGCAGAGGAGGUGCCAAGAGAGAGCGAUGGAUACUGUGAUCACAAUGUCCCUGUGUCUACCCCAGUGACCUUGACGUACGGGAUGGAGGAGGUGAAUGCUGCACGUGUUCUGAUGAUGAUCUCAGGACAUUCUGGCAUGGACUCAGCUUAUGAGCAUUGCGGUGAGGAUUAUGAGAUGGAUGGCAACUUGGCCUACCUAGAGCAGAAGAGUGAGAUGGAGCUGGAUUACUCUGGUCACCGCCAAACUGGGAAUGCUGAGUUGGUGCCAGAGAGCGACAUCUCUGAUGUGAAGCUGAGGUUCAUCAGUCUCUCGCAAGUGUUGAAGGCAACAGCAACACAUGAUUGCAAGCUCUGUGACAAGGUCUUCACAUCCAGCAAAGGAUUGGCAAGCCACAAGAAGUUUCACAAAGUUCAUGAUCAUGAAAAGGUUGCCGCAUCACCCAACUCUGCAAUGCCUGAAACAGGAAAGCAGCUGCUUGAAGUGGAUAGCCAGUUGCUCUGUCUCGACCUUUCAGGUCUCAGUGAUAGGAAUCACAGCCGCAGGAGUCCAAGGAUAUGCAUGAAUGGCUGUUUGAUUGUCCUCAGGCUUAAAGCUAGUUAUUACUACGUGUCUGAGUCUGAAAAUUUCUGGUCUGUAUAUCCUUUCACCUUGGGUGCUUCUGCAGUUGCCUUGCCAGACUGCGAGCUUAUGCAAUGGACACUAAGCCAAACUGCAGCCAACUUUGAUGCCAAGCACCGUAGUUCUCAAGUGUUGAAGUCUUAA